AUGUUUGCAAGUAAAUCUAAAUCGGAACUUCUCAAGCUCUCGCAAAAGAUCGUACAACCCCUCUUCUCCAACUUUCAUAAGGGCCAGGCCGGCAGAAUUGCAGUAAUUGGGGGUUGUGAAGAUUACACUGGUGCUCCAUUUUUCUCUGCGCAAUCUGCUGCUUUAGUUGGCUGCGAUUUGAGCCAUAUAAUAUGUGAAAAAAAUGCAGCAACAGUAAUUAAGUCGUACCUGCCAGAUCUUAUGGUACAUCCGUACUUAUUAGAUAGUUCUCAUUAUGCUGAUGACGAUGCUAACUUCAAUUCAAUUAUUGAAGAUUCGGUGUUACCCAAAGUCAUAUCUCUUUUAAAUAGAAUACACUUAGUAAUCAUAGGCCCUGGUUUCGGAAGGGAUCCAUUGAUGUUAAAGACGCUUUCUAGAAUAAUCGAAGAAGUAAAAGUGUUGAAUUUGCCCCUUAUUUUGGAUGCUGAUGCAUUAUACCUAGUUUCUCAACAGCCCAAGCUAAUUGCCAAUUACCCCAAGGCGAUAAUAACCCCCAAUGUAGUGGAGUUUGAAAGGUUAGUCAAGGCAGUCUUGGGGGAUGUAGACCUUGAAAAAUUGUCGCCACUAGAUGUUACGAAGGCAUUGUCAACCAAAUUGGGAGGAGUAACCAUAGUGAGGAAAGGUGGCGAAGAUAUGUUCGUGAAGGGAGAUUUGGCAAUUUCCAAUGACAGUGAGGGCCUGGUGAGAAGAGUGGGUGGCCAAGGUGACACUUUAACAGGAACAAUUGGUACUUUCUUGAUAUGGUCUAAAAAUUAUGAAAAUAAAUUAUGGGGUGACAGAGAUGACGAUUUGACUUCAGAUGAGUUGACUUUAUUGGCCUGCUUUGCAGGUUCUACAUUGGUUAGAGAAGCUAGUAGAAAAGCGUUUAGGAGAUACGGUAGAUCGAUGCAAACUCUGAAUAUCCAUGAAUUUCUUGGUGAAUCCUAUGCCAAAUUAUUUUCAGAUCUGACUUUGAAUUUAUAG